AUGUAUGCUGAAUUCGAGCUGUUGGAUAAGGACGGGGUUAAAGUAUCCCUUGCAGCGGAUAACGUCGAGUACAUCAAGCAGGACGGAGCAGCCUUGACGCCAGACGAUCAGGGGACACUCUGGUUCAACGUUGUCAAGCCUGCGGGACAAUAUGUAUUCGAAGUGAAGACGAAGGCGGGAGAGGAAUACCUGGCAAUAUUGGAUUGGGAACCGGACCCUAUGCCG